AUGAGAAAAUUGUGGGAAAAUGCUAUCAGGAAUCGUGGUCGCAACUCUCCUGAAGCUAGUGAAGAACAGCAGUUGGUUGCUGCAGUUGCUGUAGCGCAGGAAAUAAUUUCUUUCCUAAGAGAUGUUUGUGAUUUUUAUCAAGAUGUAUUCAUCAGAGAAUCUCAAGUGUCCUUCCUGAGACUUACCUACACUCUCCUCACCUAUGAGCUCUCUGCUCGUGUUAGGCCCUUGAUGAUAAAGAUGUACGAGCCCAAAGAACACGGCCAGUUUAGCUAUGACGCAGGUGAAGGGAAUGAAACUGCUGAAAUUAGUUCUUCCAUAGCUUUACAGGUUUCAAAUCCUGUUUGGCAGCUAUACAAGAGACUGGAGACCAUUGUGGAAAUUGGUGAGAACCUUCCUGAAGAGGUUCAGUUGCAGUCGGACUUGCGUGGGUACCACCAGUGGUUUGUCGGUGGUGUGAUCAGGUGGCAGGAAUAUGUCUUUCGGAAGUCCAGGACCAUGAUAGCGAAUGAAGUGCAGAAGGAUGAGUUCCAGUCCAGUUCGAAAAGCUGUGGUUCAGCAUCUAUCAGCUCCUCAGCUAUUGAGUUGACAUAUGUGUUUCGUAUUGUGACAACAUACUGGCAGAAGCUAGCUUGGCCAGAUGAAGCUGAGGGGAAUAGUAUUGCAAAGCAGCUUUUGCAACAAUGCUGUUCUUUAGGGGCGCUCUACACAAAAUUGGUCAUCACAAAGCUAGAAGUAAUUCUCCAAGAAAAGACAGACCCCAAACUCAUGCUUCUUUCAGCCGAGACAUGCAGAGCUCUAAACAACAUUGAAUAUGUGUGUGGAGAGAUUAAAGAGCUUCCUGGACGCUUAGCCCUUGAUAUAGAGUGGGGGAAAUAUCCUGUUAUCACCAACACAACAUUAAAGAUGGAAGCAUCUAUCAAGAAAUUCAUAGAUACUGUUAUUAAGAAGUUGCGACAGACCCUGAACCAAGCAGUUAUGGAAUCGUGUGAAAUGGUUAAUGAAACACCUUUGCUGAAGAAUGUUUUGGACCAGUACCUGCCUGUUCUUGAUAGCUGUUUAACCAGGGCAAAUUUUGAGAGAUUUUUGCACAAGAUCUGGGGUGUUCUUGUUGCUAUCUUUGUUAGCAUAGUUGAGAGCAACUGUGAUAAGAAAAAUGCAGAGUUCUUCAAUGGAGUCUUUACCAUCCUUGAGCGCACGUGGCACUUCUUCACUCACUCUUCAGCCAAUUCCCAAGGGCUUGAUCCCCAGCUGGCAUGCACUGAGGAAUACCAGAAAUUGCAGGAGACUUUAGGGAACUUGAAGAUGCCAACAGAGGCUCUUAUUGCUAAGUACUACAGAGAGAGGUUUGAAGAGCAGAGGCAACCUGGAGCUAGUCUGACUGCUCGACUUGUAGUUCUGGCAUACUUCACCACAACUGGUAACCUGACAGUUGAAGUCCUCAUGGCUAAUGAUAUAGUAAAACCUAAAAACUAUCACGAACCUACACAUGUCCUCCCUCUCGUAUCCUCUGGAAAGUCGCCAGAUACAUACGUUCAGGUGAAGCUUGUGCCUGGAGAGUGGUUUCCCAAUGUCAGGAAUCAAAAGACCAAGAUACAGAAGAAGAAUGAAGCUCCAGUAUAUAAGGAAUCAUUUGAAUUCCUCAUCAGCCACACUGACACUGGAACAAAGUCAGGCGGCCACCUCCUCUUUGUGCUGAAGAUGUCACAUCGUGUCCAAGCUGACUGUAUAGUAGGGGAAGCUGUUUUGCCACUGGAAGAGCUUCCCUGUGUAGAGCCAUCAGCCGUGAGAAGUGUCACUACCAAGUACCUAACUGUGAACCUGGCUAGAGAAGAGAAUGAAUACAAAGCCUUAAAGGCAUUGCAGUACAGAAUCUGGGAUAAGAAAGCAGCUUCGUUUCUCAAAGAAGGAAAGAAGAAAAGAAAAAUCAAGUUGUAGCCAGACUUGUAAUAAGGCUGAUGCACAAUUCACCUCGGGAUCAGAAAUUAAAUUGGAACAAUCUUCAAUGAACCUCAUAGUAUCCAUACAUAUUCAUGAUAAACAGGUUGAUAAGGAUAUUGCUUGUGUAACCAAUAUUUGUUCUGUGGUUGUUUAUAGUCAAUCAGAAAAAUUAUUUUCUUCCAUUCCUCAAAAUGUUAAAUAGCAAUUAACAUAACCACUCCUUCAUGCAGAUUCCAGUUGUACUGUGAGGCCAGUUCUAGUGGUGCUGUGACUAAUUUACAUAUUUACAUAUAUUGAAGUAUUUUGAUAAUAACUCCUGUGGAAAAUGCUACACUUUUUCCCCAGAAUUGUAAUGGUUUGUAUGAUUUAAUCAUUCUUCACAGUACUUUACCAAAGAAUGUCAUAGAGAAUUUUCCACAUCAAUGUGACUUAUAUUGAUAGGUUGUCCAGCUUGUAAAGCAUCUUUUUGUGAUAUUAUAUUAAGUUCCAGAUAGUAAGAAAAUACAUAGGUCAUGGUUAUGUUAAUACAUGAAAGAACAAAGUAAUAAAUAAGUAUAUAUUUCAGCAAAAUGUUUACUGAGAAGCAUUGAAAAAAUGACUUUGAAUUACAUUUUAUGGUUUAUACUUGCCUUGCUGUUCAUAGUAUAAUGGGAGACAUACAUUAGUCUUAGAGCUACAUUUUGUAACAUUUCUUAUGCAUGUAAUUUUGAAUCAUUUGUGAUAUAUAAACAAUGCAAUACACACUAAACGGAAUGAUAAACCUUCCCUAUUUAUAAGAUUUACUGAUUUUUUCUUUUACAAAAGAAUUUUUGUAACAAUUUUGUAAGUUUUACAUUAAACAAUGUAGCAAAACGGGUGCUACUUAGAGUCAUCGUUUCUGUCAAUUAGAAACUGUUGUGCAACACUUUGAUUUGACCUCGCCUCCUUAAAUGGGGCCAAGGUCAUUAAGAAACAAAUUCACCAAGCAAACGAUUGUGUGGAGUGCUACUGGGUUUGUUUUAGAAAUGGAGAGGAAGUUUACAUUUGAUGCUGCAGUUUAUCUAUGAUAGCAUAUAGUAUAAACUUUUAUAUCAACAGGGCCUUGGCUUAAAAAUAAGUACCCUCUGGCUCUAUUGUUAUUAGUACUUUGGAUUAUAUGUCAUGUAAUGAUAUUUUAAUUAUGUGAAUAGAGAUUUUGAAAUGAUUUACACUUUACCCUUGUGCAUCUUCAAGCCACCAAAAGUGUUAUAUGAUACAUGUUAGAAGGGGCAGUAUUUGUGUUUAUCAGAUCUGUUUUUAUUCUCAUAGUUUGUUUUUUUACAUAGUUACAUUAAAUUCUACAUGAUUAGUUUAAUUGUUAUGUAUGACUGAUUGAAUAUGAAAAUGUAAACUCAUUUAUCAAACAAUCAAAGGACACCGGAAGCUGGGGUUGCCGGAUGAAGGAAAAAGUAGGAUUUGCAGUUGCUUACUGCAUCCACAUUUUUUUCUUAUUUUAUAAUUUAUCAUUGGAUUUCUAUUUUAAUUAUGUUAAUAAAUAACAACCCAUAUUUAUUGCUUCUACAUGAUUUGAUUUCACUUAAUUAAAGACUGAUCGUAUGAAAUACAUUAACAAUAAAAUGAGACCUGUCAACUUCAGUGUAAUAUUUCAGUCAAUUAUUUUGGCAACAGUACAUUAACACUAAUGUGGCUGUUGUGAUGGUCUUUAAAGUAUUGUAAAUGAAGACCAGGAACACCAAAAAGUGUCUUAUGACAGUCUUUGGUCAACAGAGAUGAGGCUUCCUGUUUCACAUACUCCAUUCCACACUAUUAUUGUUCACGAUGGUACCUCAGAAUUCAUAAUCAUGCAUACUUGAUAAGCCAAUUUGUGGAUAAAUCAUUUGGAGACUAUAUAUACACACAGUGUUAGAGUGAUAUGAUCUAUGAAUAACACAUGUUAUAGUAUUUUUUUUUUGGUUAAUUCAAGAAAAAGAAGUAAAAUAACAUAAAGGGGUUGUUUCUGUAUAUACUGUUAAAUGAGGAUUGAAUAUAAAACUAUUUCUAUGUAACUGGUAAUGUGAUAUGUUAUUGUGUAGUUUAGAUGUAUAUAUUAUGUAUAUAUACUACUAUGUCACACAAUCUGUAUUAUACGGUUAUUAAGCUUUAAUUCAGAGAAGAAUUUAGAUUGGUAUUUGAAAUGGUAAUUUAGGAAUCACAUAAGUGAAAGGUAUUCAUAUUUUUUUAUAUGAUUUAACAUUAAAAAAACAAAACAAAAUGGCAUAUAUAUAUAUAUAUAUAUAUAUAUAUAUAUAUAUAUAUAUAUAUAUAUAUCUUUUAGGGAUUUCAGAGCUCCAUAUUAAAAUUAAUUUUUUUUUGCUAUGUAUUGCACCAUGAGGAUUGCCAGAUGGUUCAAUUGUGCAAUUGUUGGUAUGAAAAAAUAUUUGUGUAUGUUUUCAUUAAAUAUGGCAUUAUAUAUAAUAUUCCAAUUUUAGAAUAUUUACCAAAUUCUGUCUGAACAUAUGUUUGGCUUAUGGAUAUUUUUGUUAAUUUAUUUUUGUUAAUUUUGAGAAUAUGCCAAAAAUUUGUUAAUGAUAUUUGUUAAAUUUCCAGAUUAUGCUCCUAUGGUGUGUGCUGCACAUAUUAUAAUGUGAUAAAAUCAUAAUGUUUGUAUUUUGCAUUUAUUUUACAAUUAUUAUCAUUUAUUUCUUCAGUACAUAUAAAUGUAAAAAGAGCUAUAGAAAGGAUAAUAACAUUUGUUCGCAAAUAUUUUUAUAGUGUCUAGACAUUUGUACUGCUGAUUCUUACUAAUCAAAGCAAUGUCACUUAGCCUUCAAGGUAAAUAUGAAUGAUAGAAUAAUAUUUAGUAUUUACACACAUAAACUAAACUUUUAUGGUUUUGGUUGUGGUUAAGUCCUUUAAAAAACAACAAUAUAUAUACUGAAUACAAAUGCAAACACUAACAUGUACACUCAGUUAAAAUGAAAACAUAGCCACUGUAGAAACUUUUUAAUUGUGUCAGUUUCCAUUUUAAUAAAUGUACUGCAGCAACAAAGAAGUGUAUAACCAAGUUGAUAUUAUAUACUUCUCCUUUACUUCAAGUUACAAAGAAAAUGUAUUGUGGCAUUUGAUUAUAAAAGUGAAUGUCAUUAUCCUAGGUUGAUAAAACUAUUGAUUGUGAAAUGUAAUUUGUAAAAAAAAUAUUUUUGUUAUUUUUACUUGUGGUGUAAUAAUACAUAUCAGAAACAGCACAAAAAAAUCUCAUUUUGAGUGGAUCCUAUUAUGACCAAAUAGAAUUAUUAUUAUAAAUUAAAUAAUAGUAACAUUGUUUUAACAAGUUUUGGUACACAUCAGUUUUCUUUUUGUAAUGAAAAUGGGUAACAAAAUUGACUAGAACAGUGGAACUUAUACUUGUCUGUACUCUAUAAUACAGCAAUUGAUGGAAGAAAAUGUUUAAAGUAAAUAAUACUCCAAAUAAUCUGUAUUUCAUUAUCAUGAAAAGGAACAAAAACUGGGCAUUGAUUGCAAAAUCUUUAUUUGGCAAAUAUAGUAUUCACAAUAACCAAACAAUGAAUAUUAUAAUAUUCAUAUAUUAUACAUGCUAAUCAGCUUGUAUAUUUUGCUUCCAUAACAGAGCCUUUCUACAAUGUGAAAAUGGUCUAUGGUACAAUGUGCCUUCAUAUUAGAGAUGCCAGCAAAUGUAACAAAAUUUGGCUAAUGAAGCUACAGUAGAACUUUGUAACAGUGUGAUAUGGCAGGCAGCAGUCUCUUGCCGUAAAGGAUGUAGCAUCUGCUCUUUAUACUCAUGUCCCUAAAACAGCAAAUAAGAUCCUAAUUAAUCAUAACAAAUUGGCUACUGUUUCAUACAGACAUUCUUCUUGGACUUUGACAAAAAAAGAAAGAAAAAAACAACAACUGUAUUUUAACAAAUUAAAUAAACAUUAAUUGUCCACAACCCAGGCACCUUCAGUUGAAACCUUUGGCUUUGCUGAUUAAUAACUUAUAUAACAACUUAUCGCUAUAUUUUUUAAACUCUUAUGUGCCAUGAGCAAAAUUUGGAAGCAAUUUUCAUUCCUUUCACAUUUGACAAAACUUCACUGAAAGCAUGAUAUAUAAUACUAAAAUGAAUAACAAUAUAACAGGAUAACAACAAUAGCUAGGCAACUAAAUUAACAAUUUUCUCUACAAUAUUUUCAAGCAACUAAAUCUUCCAUUGUAUUCUGAAAAUAUAUUGACAAUACACGAACCUGAUUAAAAAUGAAUACACCGUGAAUAACCUAUAUUACUCAACAUAUUGUCAUAAUUUCUCUUCUCAAUAUCAUUAACCAUUUCAAGGUUGUAUUUUUUAUAUUUUAACUGUAUGAAGAACAAUCCAUUUGUAAAGACCUGUUUAUAAAAUUUAACAACAGAUGUGAUUUGUAAGAGUGACCUAGUUUUGGGUACAUUCCCAAGAUCCUUGACCACCAGCUCACUAACUGAAAAAACCGUCCAUAUAUACAGAUAUGAAAAUCUCAAUAACCCACAAGGGUCGACGUAAUUCUUUAUAUCAAUACAUAACAAUAGAAGCAAGGGGAAGGGCUGCACACAUUGGAAAACAAAGUCUACCUUCUUUAUACAUUGCUGUUGAUUUGGUUGAGAAAUGGAUCAAUUUUAUUUAGUGAAUAUGAAAUAUAUUUGAUUUGUUUUUAGAACUUUUGGACACACAAUGCGAUACAUGAUACAUGUUGAUCUUCUGAUUAAAAAAUAUUACUUGCUUUUUAAACCUGUGAUGUUUUUAUCUUAAUGGUUUUGUAAUUCGUUGAAUACUUUUGUUACAGUUUUUGCAAUAAUUUAAUUUUAUCAAUAUUCAUGUGGCACUUUAAAUUAGAGUAUAUGAAGCUGUUAAUUAUCAUAAGAAAAAAAAUCCCAAAAUAAUACUGAAAAUAUAUUUUAGAAAAUAAUGUAAAAGAUAAUGAAACUCUAACUAAAUAUUUAUUCUUAGAUUAGGCACUUUAAAUUCUGCUCAGAAGUAUGAUUCCUUAAACAGAUAUUAUGCUUUUUGUAUAAUCUAAGAUUAAAAAAAAAAGGUAACUAUAUACAAAGAAGUACAGUCAUGAUAUUCAAAUGACAAUAUAUUGUUUACCAAAAAUAUAAAUUUCUAUUUAAUACAGAUAUGCUGAAAAACAGCAUGUUAAAGAAGGUAAACUUUAUGAUGUAUAAUGUGAGAUAAUCAAAUAGGAGAUUGAGCCAUAAGCAAUUAAAGCAUUAGGCCCAAAUUAGCUUGCCUUGAAGGAGCAUGACAUAAAGCUGCCUGUCUUAGAUUUUUUUAUCUUCUUCCUUAGUAUAAAAAAAAGUAAUGAAUAUAAAAACUAUCCUUGCCAUUACUAACUGAUCUAUUUUCUUAACUUGCGUAUAAAUUUCUUAUGUAUUUGCUAGGGCGUGCAGAUUUAAGUAGUGUUUUUUAAACUGCUUCUUGUAAGAGCUAUUAAAUUUUCUAUUGAAUUUCUUCUAUGUGUAUAAAGCAUGAAAUCUAA